AUGCUCAUGCGGUCUCUCAUGCGCUCUCUCAUGCGCACUCUCACUCGCACUCUCACGCGCUCUCUAGCGAGAUCUCUAGGAUGCUCUCUCACGCGCUCUCUCACGCGCUCUCUCAUGCGCUCUCUCACGCGCCCUCUCAUGCGCCCACUCACGCACUCUCUCACCCGCUCUAUCAAGGCGCACUCUCAGGCGCACUCUCACGCACUCUCUCGCGCGCUCCCUCUCCAGCAUUUCACACGCAUUCUCUCUCUCACGUGCUUUCUCUCGCGCACUCUCACGCACAUUCUCUCUCACACGCUCUCACGCGCACCCUCACAAGCUCCCUCAUACGCUCUCUCACGCGCUCUCACACGCGCUCUCUCACGCACUCUCACACGCGCUCUCUCAUGCGCUCACACGCGCUCUCUCACACGCUCUCUCAUGCGCUGUCUCACGCGCUCUAUCAAGGCGCACUCUCAGGCGCACUCUCAGGCGCACUCUCAGGCGCACUCUCACGCGCUCUCUCCCGCACUCUCACGCGCAUUCUCCCUCUCACAUGCUUUCUCUCGCGCACAUUAUCUCUCUCACACGCUCUCUCACGCGCACCCUCACACGCGCUCUCUCACGCACUCUCACACGCACUCUCACGCACUCUCACACGCGCUCUCUCACACGCUCUCUCACGCGCUCUCACGCGCAUUCUCAUGCGCACUCUCUCACGCGCUCUCUCACGCUUCUCACGCGCUCUCUCACACGCUCUCACGCGUUCUCUCACGCUCUCUCACGCGCCCUCUCAUGCGCUCCCUCACGCGCUUUCUCUCGCGCUCUCUCAAGGCGCACUCUCAGGCACCCUCUCAUGCACUGUCACGUGCGCUCUCUCUCGCGCACUCUCACCACAUUCUCUCUCUCUCACGCGCUCUCUCACGUGCAAUAUCACAUGCAUUCUCUCUCUCACGCUCUCACGCGCACUCACACGCGCUCUCUCACGCACUCUCUCAUGCGCUCUCACACGGGCUGUCUCAUGUGCUCUCUCACGCGCUCUCUCACGCGCUCUCUCACGCGCUCUCUCACGCGCUCCUUCACGCGCUCUCUCAAACGCUCUCUCAUGCGCAUACGCUCUCCCUCGCGCUACAUCUCUUUUGA